AUGAUAACUCCACGGUUUCACUGUACCCAAACUCUUGAAGCAGUGGUAGUAUCAAUCUAUUGCCCAUCAGUAAGAGCCUCUGAUGUGGAGAUCAACGUCGAUGAAACUUUGUUAACCGUUCAUAUCAACCCUUACUUCCUUCGUAUAAAUUUUCCUCAUUCGGUUCUCGAAGACGACCAAUCCUCUGCAACCUAUGAUCCAAGCAGUGGAUAUUUAACAGUUACACUGACUAAAGAAGUGAAGGGACAAGAAUUCCCUGACUUGGACUUACUAGCAAAGCUACUGGCUCCCCGUCAUGUCGAAGUUCCAAAACAACCAGCCAUAGAAGUCAUCGGGUCUGAGGCUUCAUCACAAAGCGAGCUAGAAGAACUUGUGGAUUUAACCGAUGCGAUCUCGCUCGAACAACGGGAAAUAUUGGAAGGUGCUGAAAAUGACUGGCAGUUUCCCCAGACUAUCGCAGGAUCCUCUUCUCCAUUACAGCUAUCCACAAAGAGAUACUAUGGGUUUUUGGACAUGUACACAGGGUACUUCACCCACGUCGUUCACGCAGAAAAUGAUGUCAAUGAACUUGGGAGUGAGGCUGAGAGUUGCUUACCAGAAGAACGACGAGCGAAAAGAUUGCAACAUGAAGAGAAAAAAUGGGAUGAAGAGCAUUAUAUGGCGGACUAUAUGGAUGAUGAAUACAUCCAAGAACUUCUUGCCUGGGAAGAUCUCGGGCUCAGAGAUGCCGAAUGCAUAUUCACCGAGAGCGAGAACAUGACGAUGCUCAAUUUACCGCGCAAAGAAUACUUGCCGACAGAAUUACAGCAGCGAAACCUGUAUCUGACACUGUUGACCUUGUUAUUCGCAUCUGCCUAUGACAGGCGCACGACACAGCAUGACCCUACCCCUGAAAGCGCUUGGACAAUUUGCUCACUCAUCCCUGCGUUCUCAGCACUGGAUCCCCCUCCAUACCUAUCUUCAGAAAACGUUCCUCUGUCUAUCCCCACGCCGGGGUUCACCGAUCAUGAUCUCGCUUCGGCUUUGAUGCCGUCUUAUCGGCGUUCCCUUGCGUUCCCUCUCUAUCGCUCUUUCGCAAUGGCCGAUGCUUGUCGGAAUGAUGUAGCAGCCGUUUUGGCAAAGGGCAGAAGAAUGGUCACCCGCUACUUAUUGGAGAUGAAACACGUUUUGGACCAUCAUGAAGUGUAUUACGUGUAUAACAAAAUCUGGGUCGAUGAUUUCUGCGUUUGGAUCCAAGCAUCUGCGAGCGAUGAGAUUAUAUUAGACAUCGCACAGCAAUUGAAAGCUUUGGCCAUUACGAAAUCGAUGAUUGGCUGGAACAUUGAGAAUUUAGAAGAUGCGGCCCUUGUGGAUACCAAUAGCAGCGACAGCGACGACGAGUCCUCCGAAUGA